GCAGGGGCGGGACUUAAUAUCUGAGACCUGGCACCAGUCUGCUCUGCAAGUAGCGAAAGGUGGGGAGAUUUUCACCUUCACACACUCUGACUGUCACACACACACACACACGCUCUGACAGUAACGGAACACAUCAAAACGUAACAGGACUAUGGACCUGAGCCUGCGAGAUGCUCUGGGUGGGGGUGGAGGUGGAGUCCCAGGUGGGGCCCCUGCUGAGGCCCUAAUGAAGAGGGACUUUGUCGCUUCACUGGAGAAAGAGAGCUAUGAUGACAAGGUGGGAGAGACGGUCUCCAAGAGCGACUACCGACCCUUACUGGAUGGAAAGGACACCAAGAGUGCUCCAGGGAUGAUGUCAUCAAUGAUGUCAUCAGGGGGACGCCAAGACCCCCAAGGACAGCCCGCCUUCAGCUCUGACUACCUGUCUGGUCCUAUGAUGGGUGUGCGGACGGAUCAGUGGAGCAUGAACAAGACAAAGGACAACAGCAUGCCUGACUCAUUUCUAGGUUUCUCUCAGUCUGGGAUGGGAGGGCCCGUGGGGUCCAGCCAGCCCCCCUUCCAGUCCGGGAUGGGCUUGGCUCUCGGCCAGACCGGGAUGGGUUCUGCUAUGGACAGCCAGAAGAGUUCGGGCCUGUUUGGUGUGGAAAACAAAAGCACCAGUGGAAGCAGUCCCUUUAAACCCAGUGAUCCAUUUUCCCUCGGUGGCCUGGGAAUCCCCUCCAUGGAUCACUCUGCAGCAGCUCCCGUACUCUCUCCAAGCGGCUCAAUGGACGACAGCAGUCCCUCUUCCUCCGCCUCCGAACCCCUCAGCCCUGAGAGAGUGGGGCCAGGGGGCGAGGCUGACAAGCAGAGGCGCCGGAAGAAGAAGAGGAAGGGCAGUGACCAGGUCUACGACUUCUUGGAUAGCCAAGAGAAUAGCAUCGGCCAAUCUCAAAAGCCUGGGAUGCAGGAUAAGGGAGGAAUGGAGGCAGAGGAGGAUGAGGAUGACGAGGAGAACUGGGAGUGGGAGAUAAGAGAGAGUGGAGGAGGAGGUAGAGUGAAAGGCAAGAAGACUAAGAGUCGGGCAAAACUUCCCGAACAGUGGGGAGCGCCCCAGCAGCCCAUCUCUCCGACGCCGGCUACAGUCGCUCCUACCUGGGCUACUGCCGACUCUGGUCAUUCUGACUCCAACCCCAGCCCUGUUUUGCCCUCUUCCCCUUCACAAUUUCCCACAAGUUUCACUAAUCGUUCCAAUGCUAGCCUUGUACCAGAUUCAUCUCCUCGCUCUUAUGAGCCGAUGUGUGGAGACGACUUCCCUAUGUCUGCUAAAGAUGGUCAAAAGGCAAAUGAAGUGAAAGUAUCGACCAGCAAACCUGAACCUACCAUUAGCGCAGCGACUAAUGUUCCUGGCAAGAAUAGUUCAGCUGUGGAUGUUAGUGAUAGUCUAGCACUGAUGACAGGGGAGAAUCUUAGCCCAGUCUCCCAGACCUUCUCUUUCCUGGAUUCAGUUCUCCAGACCCCUCCAGGCUCCACUCCUGACUCACAGACCACCACCCCUAUCACUAACACUCCCUCCCUUGCUACAGCCCCCAUGGCAAAGUCAGAAAUGGGCAUCCCUGCUUCACAAGCCACUUCUGUUCUUAACCCUUCAAAGGUUACUACAGACCUUCCUCCUACUUCCGUUCUGUCAACCAACCCAUCACCGUUAGCUUCCGCUGACACAUACCCUUCAACAACCACAGUCAAAUCAGCCCUCAACGUCGAUGCCAAGCCUUUCGUCCCCUCAGCCACGCUCAUGUCUUCUAGCAUGACUGCAGCAUCUCCAGCUUUUAGUACAACAGCAGCAGCAGCUUUCACAGGAAGCGCAUCUGCAGCACCCACUACCACCCCAGCCAUGACCCUUAGUUCCUCACCUUCUCCCUUUAAGAAUGAAGCCACUCCUGCACCAUUAUCAUCAGCCACACCCCCCAAAAGUGUAGCCACGCCAUUUAGCUCAGCAGUAGCCACUCCCCCUCCACCCAUCACCCCUGCAGCCCCUCCUUCUCUCCCUGCACACUCAGAGCACCAGGAGUCCUCGUCGCCACAGCUCCCCCCAAUGGAAGUGAAAUCUGACAACAAGGACAAACAGGAGAAGACAGACUUAAUGUCAAGCAAGACAGCCAAGUUGGACACCUUUGACAAGAACGAAGAGCAGCAGAAGAAGGACGCUGGUCCAGAAAAGAACCAAAAGUCUGAGAAGAUCCUCAAGGAGGAGGAUAAGAUCGAGAAGAUGAACGCGGAGAAAAACAAGGAAAAGGCAGAGAAGGGGGACAAGCCGGAGAAGACCAACAAGGAUGAGAAGAAGGAAGAUGAGAAAAAGCUGGCUGAGAAGAAAGAUGAUAAGGGAGCGAAAGGGACAGCCAAGUCUCCAACAGGCCCCGGUAGCAAGACCCUGCCAAGCCCUGAAAGCAAGAACAAGCCUGACGUGGGUUCAACUAAACCAAACUCAGCCAAAUCCCGCCCAUCCACCCUCACCACCAAUGGCGAAUCCGCCGGGGCCAAACGCCCCUCCCCAACCACAGCCUCAGCCAAUAAAAAAAGCCCUGUACCCAAGGCAACCACACCUACCGCUGCGAAGCGGCCACCAACUGGCUCCGCCAAGGCUGCAAAGACUCCAGAAAAUGAAAAACGGACACCUGUGCCAAAGGCCACGCCCACACCCCGUGUGGCUGCCAGUAAGAACGGCUCCCCUGCUGCGAACAAGACUGACAAGACUGACAAGACUGACAAGACUGAGAACAAGACCGGAGAGGCCAAGAAACCCAAGCCUACAGCCCGUCCUCGCCCCGCCUCCAUCACUACUCCCGCUGCUUCCACCAACGGUGAAGCCAGUCAUCGCCGUCGUGUCCUCACCAAACCCCCGGUGCCCAAGCAGAGCCCAAUGGAGAAGAAGCCGCCGGUGCCCCGUGCUCCUCGAACCCCCCGCCCCCUCAAUGCUCCGACACCUGACCUGAAGAACAUCCGCUCCAAGAUCGGAUCCAUCGACAACAUCAAGUACCAGCCCGGAGGAGGAAAGGGCUCUUCUUCCCCGAACAACAAGGCAUCAGACCCCUCCAACCCCGCUCCCAAGGCUAAAGUUCAGAUAGUGCACAAAAAGCUGGACUUCAGCCAUAUCACGUCUCGCUGUGGCUCCAAGGACAAUAUCAAACAUGUCCCUGGAGGUGGCAAAGUGCAGAUCCUGUAUAAGAAGGUUGAUUUGAGCAAGGUAACUUCCAAAUGUGGCUCAAAGGACAACAUCAAAUAUAAGCCAGGUGGAGGGGAUGUGAAGAUUGAGUCCCAUAAGCAAAACAUUAAAGCUAAGUCUAAGAUUGGAUCCAUGGACAACAUGGGGCCAGGCAAUGAUCAGACCAACGGGCACAAGGAAGAGAAGAAGACAUCCCCCCCCCCAAAUGGCGCUGCGAUGACAGGACCAGCAGGUGUUUCUAAGGAGAAUGGUGUGAAGGAGCCCACACCGACUCCUUUUGGUGGAGACGGCCUGAGGGAGCAGAGCAUAGACAAACGCAUCACUGAGACAAAUUGAGUCCCAGUGAGCUUUAGAUUUUGGUGGGACACGCAUGGCGCUCGCCAACCUGCCAAUCAACCGACCGACCAACCUACCACGGCGCAGUCACUUCCCUUUGGCCCUGCCCUUCAUCUCGCCCACCGCUGCACCAAACUGACGGAUCGCCUCAGUGUUUCUCCGGGGUCCGCCUGCCAGCUUCUUGCUACCAACCCUGACCUUUGACCUCUCAACGGUUGACCUUUGACCCUGCCUACCACAGAGAAGAGCACUUGCUUUUUGUCUGUUUCUGUGUGUUGGGUUCCACCAGCUUCUUGCCUGAUAAGAUCCUCUUGUAGGCACUGAUUUAGAGGACUUCAACCGCAAACCCUAAAUUGAAUUACACCAACGCAACAAACCCACUAUUGUAGUCAAUGAUGUAUGAAAGCAUACCGAGCAUAGGCAGUUUUAGAAUAUGUCCACCUAUUAGUUUGAUACAGUUUAAACACAAAUACUUAUAGCGCAAACACCCUGCCUCAGAACUUAGUUUCUAAGUCCGUCCUACAAGCCUUCACAAAACAAAUCCUCAUUAAUCUUUAGAACAUGUAAGCAAAUAUAUGCUAAUGCUACUAUUUGCCCCACUUUCAUUCCCAGUCCAUGUACACUUGGCUCCAAAGCAUACUUACCAGCUGAGGGCUUGCUACCAGUCAGCAGCAGGGCAAACACUGGCAAGUCUGCUUCAAAUCCAAACAUCCCAACCUUCCAGACGGACAGAAAUUAUUUCCAAAUCUACAGUAUUAACAAGACUGCACUCUGUCCCAUUAUAGCAAACUCCUCAAACAUUAUCUCCCAUUACAUUUAUUGGUAUCAUUGCACAUGUUUAUUUUUACCUCAUUUAUUACAAUUCUAUUUCUCCGGACUAUUAAUAUCAUGAUGCUAACCAUUAGCAGUGGCUCAGUGGACAGAGGCUUAUGUAGACAACAGAUUAUACAAUUUGAGAUGUUUCGUAAUUGAACUAAAGACAGAGUUCAACAUCAGUUCAGAAACAAAGUGCAGAGGCAUUCAGGAAUCAUUCAAGAAAGGAUGUAUUCAUUGACAGUACACAACAGAAAUGAAUAGGCUAUAACAAAGCAGACGAGACUUACUUCAGUUAGAAACAUAAUUUACUGAUGUGAUCGGUGCAUGAUAAUCAUCGAGAGAGAUAGGCGUCAAGUGAUGGGGGAGCUCUGUGUCUUCUCUGGGUAGCCAUGGCUAAAAAAAGGAUUUGGCACUGAACACAGGUAUUUGAUCUCUAUGCCAAAUAAGUUGCGAUCACAGUAUUUCACCUCAAAGUGAUUAUAAAUUCAAACUGAAUGAGCGACUUGAGCAGGAUUAUUUAACCCUUCAAGAAAAGUGUUAAACCUUGGAGUUACUCUGCAAUAUUUAAUCAACAUAAAGGGUCAAUGCACAGUAUACAGCAUGUAGCACUUCUCUUAACGCGGUAACAGUGUCAACCACCAUGUCACAGGCUGCUGGGUAAAGACCCGGUCACGCGGAAAUAUCACACUAAAAUCUGUGUUAUACAAUGCAAUCCGCAUCACCAGAGAUUUGAGAAAAUGUGAAAAAUGUUCACAUCAAGUCAAGUUUGUGAACUAAGGGACACAUUAAGUUGCUGGAGGGUAGAGCUGCUAAAACCACAUGAUUUGGGAAAACAUGCGGUUUCCACCAUGCCACUUUCUGGUGUGGCUGGGUCUUAAUUCUAUCUAACGUAAUAUUUAUUUAUUCUAAUCCCUGUUAGCUUCCUCAAAGUGGUCGCUACUCUAUGUAAAACAAUAUGUAUUAACACAACAGGGUACUUACUGACCUCUGGAGGAUAUUACCCACCUCUGGGGAUAUAUUGAUAGCACCACUUAAUGUUACUAAACUGUUCACAUCCUGGGCAUGAAGCUGAACACUUUGACUUAGAUCCGUCCUGGUCCCGUGCUUGUAGGACAAGUCUACAAACUAUGGGUGAUGUUUAAGGACUGCAGCCCGGUUUGGUUUUGUUUGAUGAUUUAAAAAAUGACAAAAAAAAAACCUGAAGCAACCUUAACCUUAUCUUAAAAUGUAGCUCACAUCCGACCCUUCGCAUGGCAUCAAGUCUGGGGGCAAUCAAGUCUUAAUCUUCUCCGUAAGUGUGUUCCUGUCAAAGCACAUGCAACCCUGUUCUCCUGCACUAUAACUCUUAGGUUUCCACUGUAAUCGCAAAGCUCCCAUGUAUCCUCAGUCCCCGUCAUACAGCUAUAGACCGCAGCAGUCACGCUGAUCUGUGUUUAGCUUAACAACUUCACAUGUGGCUAUUAGAGACAGACAGACGCCUUCAUGCUCUCGCGCAUGUGGUACUUCCUGGUCACGUUGUUCAACCCGGUUUCCGUUUUCCAACUGGCCGAUGCGUCUUAGAAUCCUCUCUGUGAGACCUGCUUACUUUCCUCCCACAAAAACAAACCUACACAUAAGCACAGAUAUCUAUGAACAGGAAGCACACACACACACACCCAAAUAAAUCAUCACACAUACACAAACAAUAUAAAACACACAGAUGAACACCCUGAAAUAAAAACGGUAUUCUGUUCAUAGAAGCAUUUUUCUGUUUAUGAUACCAACUCUGUUAUAUUAUAGUAUUUUGGUUGUCUAUGCUGAUAUUGUUAAAACAAUGAUGAGCUGUUUCGGUUUGUUGUUCCUAUCGUAGUCAUUGUCCCCUUUUCGUGUAUUUCCUGUCUUUCACUCCAACUCUCGGACAGCAGUACAGUGAUAUUAGUUGGGAACGUCCCCUGUUACGUGCACAUGGACAGAGAUCGACCACUGAAGUUGACAGGCAGUUAAAGGAGUUAGCGUUGAGGAAGAUGUGUUGACUAAAGGGAAUAAUGUUACAUCCAUGGCAAGUCUAAAGUUGUGUGUGUUUUUUGCAACUCUUGAUUGCUUAUUUAGUAGAUUGAGCCUACUAAGAGAUGCUCACGAUCAUGUUUUUAGUUACCACUUUAGCAUGUGUUUUACUCAACAUCUGUAAUGUAAAUAGAUGGAAGUAAAUAGCUUAUUAAAUGCAUUUGUUUCUGUUUUGUUAAGCUUUGAGUUGUUCUUUGUUAUGUAUAGGAUACCACUGCAUAUACAAAUCUUUAAAGGUUACAAAAUGUGAUAAUAUUAUUAGAAAUGUUCUUACUUUGCUCUUAAAUGCCAUGAAUGCACCAGUAUUUCAGCAAGUCAGAACCAAGAACAUCCUGCAAAUACUAUAGCUGGGGCCAUCCAGUGGGGACACAUUUAAAUAGAUCCACAUAUUUACAUGUAGCAGUGUUUUCAUAAAACAAUGUGGUAAUGCACUAAGCAUAAUCUUAAUUAUGUAUUAUGUUGGGAAAUCACCUCAAUUCAGUGCAAUGCAUUUUUGAUUCUAUGAAAACAGCACUGUGAUGUGACUUUGAUUUACAGACCAAAAGCGUUGUUGUGUGUCACAGAAACAAGUAUAGUAGAAGCAGCUAAAUGUUGAAAGCCCUAUCUACUCCCUGUAAUUCUAUGCAGUGUGCAUUAAAGCCUGCGAUGGUCUCCGCUAAAACUAGGAAGGAUUAGUGACGUGUUUGUGGGGUGUUGCCGUAGUUGUCAGAUGUGUGAAGUGUUGCUAAUCCAUCCUGUAGAGAGCGCUGCUUGGCCUCUAGAACACUGAUAGUCUGGCGCUGAGACUUCACAAAAGCUGACUGAGAAACCUUACAUCACCGCUAGUGAAGCUCCAGUCAGCUACAUACUGUUCCCAUUAAAUAUUUUGAUGGUCACACUAUAUGUUAUUGUAUCUGGAACAAUGAAAACCAUCGGAAUUAUAUUAUUUAUGUACAGCUCCUCUUAAAAUUCAAAAGUCUCUUGUACACUUUGAACACAGUCUUGUUAAUUUCAUGAUGCACUGAAGUGAAGUUGCUUUACUGUAUAUUGGUAAAACAUUGUCAGCUGUGUACUGUACAUGUGUGCUUUUCGCAGCAAAACAGUCUCGCUAGUUAGAUGAAGUUACGAUAAUCAGAGAACAAGUGAUCAAAUAGUCGUCAAUAAAACUAAAAAGCACCGUUGAUGCAUAUUUAAUAUUGUACUGCUCCCUACAAAAAUCAUUCCCAUGAGUUGCCUAAAAGUAAAACAUUGCAUAUGUGCGGAUCAUAUGUGAACAUGAUAAUGUGAAUCUUUCUUCGGGAAUAGGAGAACAAAGGAAUGAAAGCACUUUGAUAGUUGUAGAUAUUGGUUUGUGCAUAUAACAGAGGAACAAGUUUUAGUCUUAAUGUGUGUUGGAUGCUCAGUGUGAGAGCAUGUUAUUGGGUUGAUCUGAUGUGGUGUAUCUUGAAUGACACAUCAGGACCCCUUUCUCUUGGUCAGCUUAGUGGAUUUUAGUGGAACUUUGGUCAUCGGUGUUGUUCUAUUGGCUAUGAUAGUUUUACACUCUACUCUCCAGUCUGCCCUUAUGUUGUGUCUGUCAACAUUCACUGGUUAUUACUUUCUGACCAAGCUACAAAAGCACAUCUCUCAAGUGGGAAGGUUUCAGUUUAUAGACCAUACUGAGCUUCGAGGAGCCUAAUUUGAUAUAUUUUGAGAGGACUGGCAUCAGAGCUACCUCUGGCAAAACAUGUUUAGAGUAAUUGUACUGAAGUUGUAUCCUAAACAAUGAAAAGGAGAACUUGCAGCAGUGAAUUACUUUCAAAGUACUAUCCCAUGACCUGUGAAAUACAAGGUUUGUUCAAUGGCAAACAUUCUGAAAAAAAAUGCAUUGCUUGUUUUGUUUGCAAAUGAGUGACAUUAGCAAGUAAGCUACUAAAGCCAGCAGAUAAUGAUAAAGAUUGUAAUUCUGUUUUGUAAUGUAUGAAUCUAUGGGCGAAAAAGUCAAAUCCAAUUAAGUUAAGGGACACAUUUUGUAAUUUUUUCUAACUUUGUGGGAGUAAAGAAAUGUCAUAAUGUAGUUACAUUAAAAAGAAUUAGGUUACAAUUCUUUUUUUGACAUUUCUAUACAUGAAAUCCUCAGAGGGGAAUUCUGAUGUUGUGUCUUUUUCCAUGGUAGGGCAUUUGUGCCUUUAUAGAUACACAAAAGAGAGCUGACAGAAAAUGAAAUUAGAGAUGACAUGUAACCAAGGUCCCUGGGCAUCAUCUUAAAGUGCUAACCAGGGCGACACAUAGAGAACAGUAAAUCUUCAGUUGUUGUGUAAGAAGUUUUAUUGUGACUUUACAUGAGAAUCAGGUCGGUUUCAAACGGUAUUAGCUUAAAGCAAGUCUGUCGUUUGGUAUCAGUGUAUUUGUUGGCUGAUAAGUAGCGACGGAUAGCUGUAUGUGAAUGACAGAGAUGUGUUGAAGGUCACUUAGAAGCAGUGACGGCAUUGCAUAGUUUUUUUGCCAGAAAUUGAAUGUUUUAAACUAAAAGGUACUGCUCGGUGCAAAUCUGGCUCACAAAAUAGAAAAUAAGUAUGGCUCCAGUCUACCUUCAUUUGUUAAGCUUGUCAAUUCAAAUUAAGGUUUAAUAGAAUCAUAGAAGAUAUAUGAUUAGUUUUUCGGAAUCAGUAAAGUAAUCAGUAUGGUUAUUUUUGGACUACAGUUAAACAAAUGUAAGCUUGGACAAAAUGUAAUAACCAGAUUCACUCUGAUGUCCGUUCACAACUGUUUGACUCCCCAGUAUAGAGCCUGAACACCACCCUUCCACUAGUAUCUCACACUAUCCCUUGUAUAUAGUUACCACCAUGUUUUUAUCACUACAGAAGUAACUCAAAGAAAAAAUGUAAAAGAAAAAUAAUCGUACUGCUUCUUAACAGGGUGUUGUGGAUGUUGACAGAUGAGCUCUCACGUUCAUAAACCUGUUACUGUUAAGGUUAAUAAUGUUAUUAUUAUAAGAUCGAAAGCAUAAGAAAGGAAAAGUGUACUUUUUCUUUUUUCAGUGUCUGCCUUUUUUUCCGCCAAGAAAAGGGCUGCUGAAGUUUCAAGAAUGUUUUUAAAAUGUAUUAAAGAUGCAAGAUGAUGAAUACAUGUAUAAGGUUUGUACCUUAGAACUCUGUUCUGUUUUGGAAGAUAGAUCACAUUGGAAACACUAUUUACCAGAUUCAAAUUGUUGGGAAGGAAGGGAGGCAGUGUGUGUCGUGUUUGGGUAGGAUCUGAGAUAUGACUUAAUAGGUAUACAGACAGAGAAACCUCAAAUUACAGAUAACAAAAUCACAGAAUUUGUGGAAAUGUAUUAAAACAGAAAUAGAAAUUGCCAUUUUAAUAUUGGAUUGAAAUGCACUACUGUAAUACUUGACACACACUGGUCAGCCCUUUCGCUCGCCUACCACCACCCCCCUCCCGUUAGACUAACCAGACUUAGUCUUUUGGCAUGUGGUAGAAUGUAAUGUUCUGUAUUAGACAGCUCCUAUAUAGACACCUCGACAUACCUACCAACACGGGACUGAGUUAAGGGAUGUCUUGGACCAAAUUUAGGACAUUUUUUGGACAAAUUUGCACAAUGAGUAAGUCAGAUGUCUAAUUGCCUGAGAUGUAACUGGGAAAAAGUUAUCAAGAACAAAAGGGAGUGUUGGUAGAUAUGAACCUGGGGGCCAUAGCUGUGUCUUCCACCUGCAGAGGCUUGUAGCGUCACAGCACUGAAAGGUAUUUUUUCUACUUGGGUCCUUUACCACAUAUACAGCAUGGUAAUAGUUUGUUUUAUCAAGGAGAGCUCACCACUAGAAUUGUACUAGCAAUACAUAUUUAAUGAUUUAAUUUACUAGAAAUACUUUAAAUAUAAAUUGUUUUGUGUCUUACAUAGUUAUAAGCUCAAUUGUUGAACAUACCAUUACAAAUUGAAAGGAAAACAAUUGGCAAAAUAAUCUACUUUUUAGUGCUGAGGCGUGGAUCCACUGUAGCGUGUGCUGUUUUAUUCUUUAGGCCACACCACCAUAGCAAAAGCAUGCAGAAGACAACAAACAUGCUGCUGGUUGUUAGAGGCAUCUGUCCGAUUAGAUAGAGCUCAUCUCCCCUUUCAAUUCUGAAUAUUUGGUAUGAAAGAGAUGUUCAUUGUGAUUCAUUGUUAACCAGUGUGUGAAUAUUAAUCAUGAAAUAAAAAGAUGAGCAAAGAUCA